UCUCUCGAAUCCGUUCUCCGUAUUUCUCUCUGUGGUUCCCAGUUUCUUCACCGCGGAAAUCCGUGAACGCGACAGCGAAAAUCACGAAAUACAAAAUUCGCAAACGUCGACCAGGAUCCUCGAUCAGGAAUCGUUAGAGUCCUAUUGAGCCCUAUAUUUCUAUAGAGGCGCGUAGGAUCGCGGGGGAGCCAGGUUUUGAGCGAAGGAGCCCGUCAACCUAUCAUAUAUGCGUUACAUUAGGAAGACGAGCAAAAUCAUUCAGCUACAAUUUCGCACGUUCCUAUCGACUGGCACUCGCGACUAAUCAGUCCCAAGUAGAUGUUAACGUGCCCUUUUCUGUACAUAGACGUCCUGAAAAAUUAGGUCAUCCGUUCCACGUCUCGAAAGAAGCGCAAGAGAGAUUCCUCCGAGGAUGCGGCCGCACCUUUUCGUCCUGUUCCUCUUCUUGUCGGCGUCGUCUGCGGAGCAGCGACGCAUUAAGACAGACGAAGGGGAGAAAUGUCGCGAGGAGCAUCCCACCCUGCUCUACUAUUUCUCAUGGGCGGAUUACACGGUGCUCGCUAUGAUGCUGCUAGUCUCGUCCCUAAUCGGUACUUUCUACGGUUUCUUCUCCAAGAAACAGGAAACCAGCCAGGACUUCCUCCUGGGCGGCUCCUCCAUGGGUACGUUUCCCACGGCGAUGUCGUUGGCCGCCAGCUUCAUCACGGCCAUCGAACUCCUGGGAAAUCCCGCGGAGAUGUACGCACAGGGUACUCAAUUUUGGAUGACUUGCGUCUCUUUCAUACUCGUGGUACCGAUCACCUCUCGCUUGUACCUGCCAGUAUUCAUGAAAUUAAGGUUGACUUCGAGCUACGAAUAUUUGCAUCUACGCUUCGACCGAUACUGUCGGCUGCUCGCUAGUAUGUUAUACAUGCUGCAAAUGAUAUUGUACACGUCGGUUGCCGUGUAUGCACCUGCUUUAGCGUUAAGUCACGUCACGGGCCUGAAUACUUACAUAGCCGUUACUCUAGUCUACGUAGUUUGCAUUUUCUACGCCUCACAGGGUGGUAUGAAAGCCGUAAUAAUGACCGACACCUUUCAAGCCGCCGUUCUUGUCGGAUCGUUGUUCCUCAUUCUGGGAUACGGGCUGUCUUGGGCGGGUGGAACUGCACAGGUUUGGCAAGACAACGUGAGCUCCGGAAGGAUGGAAUUUUUCAACAUGGAUCCUAGUCCUACAGUGCGACACAGCUUCUGGAGUGUCAUCGUCGGUGGUACUUUCUAUUGGACCACUAUGUUCUGCAGCAAUCAGGCGUCCAUCCAAAAGUACCUCAGCGUCGAGAGCAUCUCGCAAGUGAGAAUAGCACUGUGGGUGUCGUCGUUCGGCAUGAUCGUAAUUUAUAGUAUAAAUUUUCUGACUGGAAUGGUGCUGUACAGCGCUUACAAAGACUGCGAUCCACUAACCGCCGGGUAUAUAAGCGGCCAGGAUCAAUUACUUCCACUAUACGUAAUGAAUUUUAUGGGAAGCUUGCGUGGUAUGCCCGGAUUCUUCGUCGCCGGAAUUUUCGCUGCGUCUCUUGGAACUGUGGCGAGUGCUUUGAACUCGCUAGCAGCGAUAACUUGCGAGGAUAUCAUCCGCGGGCUCUUUAAGAAAAAUCUGUCAGCAAAUAAAGGCGCCAUUUAUGCCAGGUGGAUCAGUAUAUUUUUUGGGGCUCUCAGCUUUGCGCUGGUCUUCGUCGUCGAGCGACUCGGCAGUGUGCUGCAGGUUGCACUGUCUUUCAAUGGCAUGGUGGGUGGCGUAACUUUGGGAUUGUUCUCCUUGGGCAUGUUCGUGCCAUGGGCCAACGCCAAAGGAGCGAUAGCAGGUGCUGUCACCAGUCUAAUGGUUGUGCUUUGGAUCGGAUUGGGUGCUCAAAUUGCGGCUGUCAACGGACAGAUCCAACUGGACAGCAAGCCCACAUCGAUUGAAGCUUGCCCGUGCAUAAACGAGACCACAAUCAUUCUCAAUCAAUCUCACGAAUUCGAUGAUGAUGAGGUUCCGUCUAUAUACAAGACCAGUUACCUGUGGUACAGCGCAAUCGGUUGCACGCUGACUAUGCUGGUGGGCAUAGUGGUGAGUUUCGCGACUGGCGCUCAAAAUCCUGCCGACGUUGAUCAGGACUACCUGAGCCCGCCGAUCGCGGCUAUGUUCCGCAUACAGACGAAGCCUUGUUCUGUCACGAACGUUCAGGGUAUCACGAACUACGGCCUCGAGCUGGAAGACGAGAAAUCUCAGAUAGAUACUUGCAAGAGUCCAAAAUGUUCGUCAUGAAAUCACUGAGAGAAAUGCGAUGCAAAGAGCUACAUCAAAGGUUGCACGUUGCAAAUCGGAUGAAUCGAAGCAAGCAGAAAUCGAACGCUGAUGACGACGAGAAGCGAUUCACCAUAGCGGCCGCAGCGAGUUGCAGACUGCUUACUUCCGGUCACCGGCGCUCACUAAGCUCCAGCCCACCCACACAUUAAAUUAUUCGUUAUUAUUUAUGCACGAAAUCUGACUUACGUCACUCUUGUGAUACAAACAGUCUCUAUACUUGGCAAUCUUUUUCACAAACGUCAUUUGUUACUGAUUUGCUACUGACUUUUACUUACUUGAUUUUGCGUGAGACUCGAUCGAAGAAGGAAAAGUAAUGAAUGUUGAUCAUUCGGACUCUUUGAUGAUUUUUAUGAAUAAUAUAUGUGUAAUGUAAGUGAUAUGCAAGAGUAUUUGUAAUUAAGUAUUUAUUUUAGUGUAUUACAUUCGCUAAUGUCAUAUGGCUAAUGUCUGUUUGAGAGAAAUACUGUUGAAAAAUAUUCCCGUAAUGUUAAUAUAAAUUACCCUUGUUUUAUUUGUUUUAAGACAUAAUCUCUCAAACAGACACUAACUUUUACUAGUUUUGAUAGACACAUUUGUAUGUACAUGUAAGAGAUAUAAUCUGUCAUUUAAUUUAUCAUUAAAUACGUAGAUAUAUUACGAAUAGUCAGAAAAGAAUUAUUUGAAUCUGAUUUUGCCUAGAGAUGACUAAUUGUUAUUACAGAAUUACCCUAUCACUCUGUACUUUGCGUAUCAUUUUGCUUUAGAAAUUAUUUCUAUGUUUUACGGUGGCGAGAGUAUGUGCUAAAGAUGUUUAAUUACCUCAGAGCAGUUUUACUUUUAAUUAAAUAAUUUAUUAACACAGCACAUUGUGUAGAUUGUCUACAAUCACACAUAUAGAUUUUAAAAUCGCACCAAUUAUGCAUAAAGAAUAGCAUAUACGAGAAUAAUAAAGAAAUAUAAAGAAAA